GCGGAUGGACCAUGCAUCGGCGAAAAGACUUCUAAACUGAAAGCUAUGCAGUCACAAGUGCGGAUUGGAGGCAAGGGCACCGCACGAAGGAAGAAGAAAGUUGUUCAUAAGACAGCAACAACAGACGAUAAAAAGUUGCAGAGUAACUUGAAAAAAUUAUCGGUUACGAAUAUUCCAGGUAUUGAAGAAGUAAUCCAUAUUGUAAAAUCAUCCCCUCAUUUCUCGUCACCGGUCAAAAACAGCUUGUCUAAUACUGAAUUUUUUCAAUAUCUAGGCAACCACGUAUAUGAUCGUCUCCCCUCUGUAGUUUUGAACUCAUAUAAUGGGCACAAAUCGCAAAUCGGUUUCCUGUUUUAG